CCCGCCCUCCGCCUUGUUGUCAUCACAUGGCAGGGGGCGGGCCCAGGCAGGCGCUGCUGCGACGAGGAGGCAGCGGCGGCGGCGGCGGCAAGUUUGGCGAGGCGUCUGGAGUUUGCUGUGCAGCGGCGGAGCCUCGCCCGCGGGUCUAGCGGGGGCAGGCGGCCAUGAAAGGGAGCCUCCGGCCCAGCGCCCCAGAAACUGGACACGCUCCGCGCCGCCCGAGUGCGCCCAGUCGUCCCGUCGGAAAGUGCGGCGCGCCAACGCGCACCAAGGGAGCUCCGGCCAUGGGCGCCGCGCUGCUGCCGCCGCUGCUCCUAUGCUGCUGCCUGGUCGCCUUCUUCUCCACCUCCUCGGCGCUGGCCGAAGGGUGCCCGGCGCUGCCGUGCCGCUGCCGGGGGGAACUGCUGGACUGCAGCCGCCUGAAGCUGAGCCGAGUCCCCGAGUCUCUCCCGGACUGGGUCGUGCAGCUAGAUCUGAGCCACAAUAAAUUGUCUUCAAUCAAACCUAGUUCCUUGAGUCACCUUGGUAAACUACGAGAAAUAAAACUAAACAGUAAUGAAUUUGAAGCCAUACCAAAUUUGGGACCUGUUUCGGCAAACAUCACUCUCCUGUCUCUGACAAGUAACAAGAUUACAGACAUCUUGCCUGAAGACCUGAAACCAUUCCAGUCUCUAGAAACUUUGGACUUGAGCAACAACAAUAUUUCUGUGCUUAAGGUGGAUUCGUUUCCUUCUCUGAUGCUCAAGUACAUCCACAUUAAUAAUAAUCGAAUAAUCUCCAUGGAACCAGGCGCUUUUGACAACCUGUCUAGCACACUUCAAGUAUUAAAGCUGAACAGGAACCGAAUUUCAGCCAUCCCACAGAAGAUGUUUAAACUCCCUCAUCUCCAGCAUCUAGAAAUGAACCGUAACAAAAUUAAAAAAAUAGAUGGGCUUACGUUUCAAGGACUUCCUUCUUUGAAAUCUUUAAGAAUACAAAGAAAUGGGCUCGCUAGGCUCAUGGAUGGAGCUUUCUGGGGAUUAAGUAGCAUGGAAAUCCUGCAGCUGGAUCAUAACAACCUAACGGAGAUUACCAAAGGCUGGCUUUAUGGCUUGCUCACGUUGCAGCAGCUCCAUCUUAGCCAAAAUGCUAUCAGCAGAAUCAGCCCUGAUGCCUGGGAGUUUUGCCAAAAACUCAGUGAGCUGGAUUUAACUUAUAAUCAUUUAACCCGACUAGAGGAUUCAAGCUUUGUUGGUUUAAGCCUACUUGUGAGGCUGAAUGUUGGGAACAACAAAGUGAGCUACAUUGCCGAUUGUGCCUUCCGAGGACUAUCAAGUUUGCAGACUUUGGAUCUUAAAAACAAUGAAAUCUCCUGGACAAUUGAAGAUAUGAAUGGCGCUUUUUCCGGACUUGACAAACUUAGGUGGCUGCUACUCCAAGGAAACCGGAUUAGGUCAAUUACUAAGAAAGCGUUUUCUGGUCUGGAUGCUCUUGAACACCUAGAUCUAAGUAACAAUGCCAUCAUGUCAAUUCAAGGAAACACGUUUUCACAAAUGAAGAAACUUAAAGAGUUGUACCUAAACACGUCUAGCCUUUUGUGCGACUGCCAGCUGAAAUGGCUACCCGAGUGGCUGAUGGACAACAAUUUCCAGGCUUUCGUCAAUGCCACUUGUGCCCACCCUCAGAUUCUAAAAGGGAGGAAUGUGCUUGCUGUCAGCCUAGAAGAUUUUGUGUGUGAUGAUUUUCCGAAGCCACAGAUAACUGUACAGCCUGAAACACAGUCAGCAAUCAAAGGUUCCAAUUUAAGUUUUAUAUGUUCAGCCGCCAGCAGCAGCGAUUCCCCGAUGACUUUUGCUUGGAAGAAGGACAAUGAAUUGCUGCAUGAUGCUGAAAUGGAGAAUUACGCACAUCUCAGGGCACAGGGCGGCGAAGUGAUGGAAUAUACCACCAUUCUUAGGCUGCGCAAUGUGGAAUUCAGCAACGAGGGGAAAUAUCAAUGUGUUAUUUCCAAUCACUUUGGGUCAUCCUACUCUGUCAAAGCUAAACUCACAGUGAACAUGCUUCCUUCAUUUACCAAGAUGCCUAUGGACCUUACCAUCCGUGCAGGGGCGAUGGCACGACUGGAAUGCGCUGCAGUCGGCCACCCGGUGCCCCAGAUCGCUUGGCAGAAAGAUGGCGGCACUGACUUUCCCGCAGCACGUGAGAGGCGUAUGCAUGUGAUGCCCGAGGACGAUGUCUUCUUUAUAGUGGAUGUCAAAAUCGAAGAUACUGGUGUCUACAGCUGCACAGCUCAGAACACUGCUGGGAGCACCUCUGCUAAUGCAACAUUAACUGUGUUAGAAACGCCCUCGUUUUUGAGGCCUUUGCUGGACCGGACGGUGACGAAAGGUGAAACGGCCGUCUUGCAGUGCAUUGCCGGUGGUAGCCCCCCGCCUCGGCUCAACUGGACCAAAGAUGACAGCACUCUGAUGGUGACCGAGAGGCAUUUCUUUGCUGCAGGAAACCAGUUGCUGAUCAUUGUGGACACAGACUUUGAAGACGCUGGGAAGUACACGUGCGAAAUGUCUAAUACUCUUGGGACAGAGAGAGGCAACAUCCGCCUCAGCGUCAUUCCCACGCCAACCUGUGACUCUCCUCAGAACGCUGCCCCGUCUUUGGACGAUGAUGGAUGGGCCACUGUGGGCGUUGUGAUCAUAGCUGUGGUAUGCUGUGUGGUGGGCACUUCCCUCGUGUGGGUGGUCAUCAUAUACCACACAAGAAGGAGAAAUGAAGAUUGCAGCAUCACAAACACAGAUGAGACAAAUCUGCCUGCUGAUAUUCCAAGCUAUCUGUCAUCCCAGGGAACUCUAGCUGAAAGGCAAGAUGGAUAUGGGUCAUUGGAGAAUGGAAGUCAACAUCAUUUUGUAUCUUCAUCCUCAUCCAUGGGAGGAUAUUUCUUACAACAAAGAGACAGCAGCGGAAUUUGUCAUGCAGAUAACUGCAGCGAAAAUGACUUGGACGCUGUAACGGAUCCAUUCUUAUGUCAUUAUCUGGGAACUUCAGGAAGUAUAUAUUUGAAAAGCAAUAUAUGUGGCCCAGAUAUGUUUGACGUAUACCACACAGGCUGCAAUCCAGAGGAAAGGACAGUGUGUGCGGACCUGUAUGACUCAAGCUGCUUGAAGAAAAAGGAAUGCUACCCUUAUCCCCACCCGCCUGAAGAUCCUUUUGACCAGUAUAUCAGCAUUUCUGGAAUAUACCCUCCAAGUAGCAAAUUGCUCCCCUCUGCUUACACUCAGCGUGAAGACAGUGGAACAAAAAGCUUGCACCUGAAUUUGGAUGCGUGUGAAUUUAGCAGAAACCAAGAGCUGCCUCCCCUUACUACAAGCGGCGCUUUCAUGGGAACAUUUGGAAAACCUAUAUGGAGACAUCAGCUUGAUUCCUUCUCAAGUUGUAGGCAGCCUUCAAUUUGGCAGCCAAACGCUUCUCAAAAUCAUCCUCAUGAAUCAUUGAAUUUUGACUCAGAGUCUGAGGAUGAUAACAGAAAGGACCGGACGUUUCAUGAAGGGGACAGUGGCAAUUGUAUAUACGGACACGCUGCUGAAAAUUUUAGGACUCCUGCUUUUCGGUUCUCUGAGUUGGAUACAUAGCUCCCCCUCUGCCCUGCAAGCUGAUUUAUGAACCAAAGGAAUAUACUACCUCAAAGUGGACAUUAUUUAAAAAAGGAGAGGAAAGAAGACACUCCAUACUUGUUUUUUAUUAGAGCUAUGAUUCAAAGAAAGGAAGAAAGAAAUACAUUUUUUUAUACAGAUGCAGUUUUAUUGCCAAAACAUUAUACAUUUUUAUGCAGAUUAUACAUUCCUUAUAGAAUAUAUUUCUAAUAAUUUUAUAGCUUUGUUUUAACUGAAUGGUACCUUUUUGUAAAUUAACGGUGUGAAUAAUAACUAUGCAUUUGUUACUAAGACAGAUUUCAUUUUGUUGAAAUGGGUGCUAAAGUGUUCUAAAGGAAUACCAACAUAUGUACAAGUUUUGCUUCCAAGGUGUGUGUGCGCGCACGCAUGCGUGCAUUUAAUGGUCAUUCCAAAGUUAUAAGCAGGUAAAAUGGUCAUAUUUCCAUAUCACUUUUUAAUACAUUGGGCUGCCUUGUGCACUUGAAGCACUGUAAUAAAAAGAAAAAUACAACCAGCUUUUUAUGUUCAGAGAAAUGAAAAAGCCGUUUCCCUCCUCCAGCCAUCUUUUCACCAAUUUGUACAGUGCAUAAGCGCCCAUAGCAAAAUAUUUGGCAUCUGAACAAAGGCACUUGCAAGUCUCCUUUUCCAGAUAGUGUUCAUUAUUUUACUUGAGCUGCUACUUUUGAUUUAGGCAGUUUCGCUAAUGUGCAUCACAGUUCUGCAGAGCAAAAUGAGCAACAGCAUAUUCAAACCCACCAUACCUUGGCCUCAUUCCCAGUUGUCUGUAGAGCUUUGCACAUGCAAAGGAACAGCUCAUCCACAUGUGAUGCAUUCCUUAAGGCAAACAUGUUUGAUUUGUAAGAAUCUUGGUGCCACUUGAGUCACUGGAAAACGUUCCCAAACAAAUAUGAGUUAAUCAUUUUAUGCUUCUUAUUUUACCAUUUCAGUUUCCCAAACAAAAUCAUGUCUAAAAAUCUACCAAUAUCCUUUUUUCUUUUCUUUUUUUGCCGAAGAUCGAAAAAUAAUUUAAAACCCUGUUUAUCAUGUCAUUCAACAGUCUGUUAAGCCUGCUUUAUGAAAGCAUACCCCAAUAAAGUAUUUUCAUAACACUUUCAGAAGGUUACCUGCCUAGGAACGGAACAAAGCUUACAACUGGUGAAGUCUUCUAAUUGUAAAGAAGUAACUGGGAACAUUACUUCUUAUGUAUCCUCACUCGAAAACAACAAAAGGCACCCUGCUCUGUUUGAGCCAAAACACUCUGAUGGGCAAAGUAUUUGUGGUGGGGCUACACUGCACAUAUCCAAACACUUUCGUCGUCAGUCGCUGUCAGUUCAGACUCCAAAGCUGUACAGUGGUACCUCUGGUUACGGAUUUAAUUAAUUAAAAAUCCAUAACUAAAGGCACCACUUCUGCACACACGCCAGGCAUGAUAGAGCACUUCUGUGCAUGUGUGGGCGGCGAAACCUGGAAGUAUACCCAAACCUGGAGGUUAUGCAACACAAGGUACCACUGUAUAUGGGAAGUUAGACUGUUUUGCCCUGAUGUACUUCCCUUAACACUUGCUUAUGUUGAAUCACAUUUGCCAUUUCAAUCCUUGUCCACCCAGUUUGGGAAGACCCAGAACAGUUUUGAUGUCCACAGUGCAUUCCAGGUUACAAGUUAAAAACCACAGGUCCCAAUACCUGUGGGGAAACUACCUUUCCACAAACCGAAAGGGCAAAAGCACAGGGUUUUGAAGGUGAUGAUGAUCAGCUGGUCCCUUUUGGUAGGGAGCUGCAUCUUUACUUGCCCAACAUUGAGAUCAUACAGGACAGGUGGGCAUAGCUUGGCUUAAGCAACCUCAUGGACCAAACGAUGCCUUCAUUUGGCCUGUAGGCCAGAGAUUCUUUGGUGCUACUCAAGAGACUAAGCUACUUCCUACUACCUGACAGUUAAGUUCAGUCGCGAACAACUCUGGGGUUGUGGUGCUCAUCUCGCUUUACUGGCCGAGGGAGCUGACAUUUGUCCGCAGUUUUUCCUGGUCAUGUGGCCAGCAUGACUAAGCCACUUCUGGCAAAACCAGAGCAGCGCACGGAAACGCCGUUUACUUUCCCGCCGGAGCAGUACCUAUUUAUCUACUUGCACUUUGACGUGCUUUCAAACUGCUAGGUUGGCAGGAGCUGGGACCGAGCAAUGGGAGCUCACCCCGUCACGGGGAUUCGAACCGCCGACCUUCCGAUCAGCAAGCUCUAGGCUCAGUGGUUUAUACCACAGCACCACCCGUGUCCCUGUGUAUAGUGCGUUAAGGGGGACUCAAAAUAUUUUUCAAGCUGUGUGAGAUGAUUUUCAUCACCUCCAAAUAUACACACAGUAGAGGGCUUACUUGAAAAUGUUCUCUACUCUCCCUGCAUGUGCAAAGUUCAUGUAUUACAGAGAAGCCAUUGUAUUUGCAGCCCUAUAUUAAGUGGAUGUUAUCCAUGUAUUACUCUAAAGUAAAGCGGGGAUGGCUGACCUGUGGUCUCCAGAAUCAGGCAUCCCCAAACUUUGGCCCUCCAGAUGUUUUGGCCUACAACUCCCAUGAUCCCUAGCUAACAGGACCAGUGGUCAGGGAUGAUGGGAAUUGUAGUCCAAAACAUCUGGAGGGCCAAAGUUUGGGGAUGCCUGCUCCAGAUACUGCUGAACUACAAUUUCUAACCAUUGACCAUGGUAGCUGCAGUUGAUAGGAAUUGGAGGCCAACUUAUGGAGGAAUCACAUGAUUCCCUUUUCUCUUAAAGACACAUAUUUAAGUAUUCAGUUAAAUGGUACAAUUCAUCUAGACCAGGUUUAAAGUGGGGGAACCCCGCAACCACGCCAUUUUUAAGCAAAAAAGGGAGUGGUAAGAAAUGUAUGUCAAGGUAUCGAAAGCCUAAUUUACCCUCCCCCAUCUGUGUUCAUAACUCGAGGGCUCCUGAAAGUUGUGAAUCCUCAUCUCAACAAUGUGCUUAAACCCAUGUGGCUCCCUGUAGGCUAAUAUCAUGAGUCUCUUUUAAAAAAACACAAAAAAAACCUUCACUUUGAAGGUGCAAAUUUAUAUUGUUGUCAGACUUUUUAAAGCUUAAUUGAAAGCAGCUGUUGGAACAGAACUCUGUAGGCUGCAUCUUUCAGAGAGUAAGUCUGGAGCAAAAGGUCCUUUCCCCUCCCCAUUGCCCCUCCCAGUGAAGUCAAAGCUCUGUCUUUUUCUCCCCAUCCAGGAACCUGGCAUCCAGAUUGCAGUGUAAUUUCCCUCUUUAAUUUCAGCCCUAGCAUUGGAGACAGGAAGCUAAUCCAUCUUCAGUCACCGGUGGUCUUAACUGUACAGAAUGGAUUUUUCAUGCUUUUGUUUAUCAAAUUGCCAGGUUUUCUGACUGUUAUUGUUAAUUUGUCUUCAUUGUUGCCAGAUGUGGUUAUGUGGUGGCAGACACUGAUAUCAGCAUUUGGGGAUAAUUAACGGUGUUUUGAGAGAAAUUAAUUUUUCCAGGGUUAGACACACAGCUCCGAGACAGUAAUGUAAGAAACCCUAAAUUAGAUUUGCUUGCUAGUGGUGCGAUCCUAUACUCACUUUCCUGAGAGUAAGCCUAUUAUUCAUUGGAUGCUCAUACUCAACAAUUUUCAAUACUUCUAUCUAGAUUUACACUAAUGAGAGUUUAAUUUUACAGACAGACUAAAGAUUUACACUAACGAGAGUUUAAUUUUACAGACAGGCUAAAGAGCUAAAGAUCCGCAGAGUGAGAUGUGUAUGGAUAGGCAGACUUUUGGAUUCUUUCCCUCUUCUUCCUAGAAGAGGGCUUUCAACAAGUUGGCUUUCCAAUCCUGGGAAAUUCCAGAAAAGGAUAGAAAGAAUUGACACCAAACCAAAAUAGAGGAGGGUGGGACCCUAACAAGUGUGAAAUUCUGCUUUUCAUAUUAGGGCUUUACAUCUUGUCAGAAGGCCCAGUCUACCCAAAGUUGGGCACCUCUGAUUUCCAUUGAUUUUAAGUAGAGUAAAUAGGCAUAUACUGUACUUAAAAUCUCCUAUUAACCUCAAUGGGCCUUAAUGAUGCUUAAGUGUAUCAUGCUGUUAAGCAUAUUGCAACGCUUUCAGCUAAUAGAGGAGCUCCAGUUUCAAUUGUCAACUCCCAAUUGCUGGACACUGAGGACCUCUUAAGAUGUCUUACAGAUGGAAUUCCUGAGUUAAAAAAAAAAACAUUUGCUGCUUAUGUUGGCUGUGAAGGUUGCCUCUGGACAAAUACACUGUUUGUGCACAUUUUGAAAGGAAGAACUAUUAUUUCCUCACAAGGCACCCUUCAUUCUGAUUUGUGCCUGUAUGUAGGAACCAGUUCCAGAGUACAUGUUGCCACACAUUGAUUUUUGAAGGUAGAAACAUUACAAAAAAUAUAUUUUUAGUUUGCUUCCACGCACAAUUUCUAGCACCUGAGUUUUAUUAGUUAGAAAGAGUCUAAAUGGUUGACCUUGACACUCUGCGCUCAUGGAACGCAGAGCUGUGCUGUGCUAUUUUUCCGUCUGACACAGAUAUCGAAUAAAGUUUGUAGCUUGAUAUUCAUACAGGUGUAGCACAGGUGAUAGGACACGAGUUUGAAAUGACAUAAUGUUUCAUCAGAAGCUCUUUUCUUUCAAUUUAAAUCCGUUGCUUCAGGCUCUACCCUCUGGAGCAGAACAGAAAACAAGGUUGCUCCCAUCAUCUGCUUUAAUAUCACCUCUCAGUCUUCUGCCAGCUAAACAUCCCUCAGCCAUUCCUCAUAAGGCUUGGUCUCCAGACCUUUUAUUAUCUUCUUCACCCUCCUCUGCAUACAUUCCAGCUUCUCAAUAUCCUUCUUACAUUGUGGCACCCAGAACAGGACACAGUACACAGGUGGGGGUCUAACUAUGGCAGCAAAGAGUGGAACUAUCACUUCCCUUGAUCUGGAUAUUAUACUUCUGUGGAUGCAGCCUAGAAUUUCAUUAGCUUUACUGGACACUUCUUAGAAAGAAAAGCCUUCAUUUUUUGUUGUUUGUUGCUGCUUUGAUUUGUGUGCAUCUGUAUAUUAUCAAAAAUUAAACCAGUGUGCUCAUUGAGCCCCACCUGUUAAAAUAAUUACGUUCACCCUAGGCUGCAUAUUUUGUGUGUGUAUUUUUCAGGGAGGACCUAAAUUCAAUUUAUUUUCCCCAACAGAUGUUUUAUACAACUAGUGUGUGACAUUUCUAAAGCCACAAUCCUACACUUGUGAUUCUGGAGUAAGUCUCAAUGAAUUUGUUGGAUAGGCAAGCAUAGGACUACAGUUUAGAAAAGGAUGGGCUUUGCUUUUAGACCUCUUCAGCCACAUUUUCCUGAUAUGCACUUGUAAGCAUGCUGCUUUUUCUAGUUCUGUGUGUUCCUCAAUGCGAUGUGGCAGGAAUAUUUUCUGAAACAGUAGGGUCCAAUACAGGGAUGAGUUCCUAUCCCUUCCCCCCAUGAUUUUUUUUUUUUAAACAGAUGUUGCCGUAAAUCACUUACAGAACUGACAGCGUUUGGGCUGCAUGACAAACGUUCCAUAAUAAUGCAGCCCGAUAAAAAUGUGGAAUUUCUGAGGUUACUACUUGUAAUGCUUUUGGUGCCGUUGUAAAUUCCCAGCUGUGUCAGCGUAGGUGGAAAGCAAGUCAUAAAUAAAAAGUGUGUAGAGAGAUCUCUUCCUAUGAGCCAAAUUCCAUGACUUCAUUCAACUACUUUAAAAAAAAAAUCUGAUAAAGUCAUUAGCAUUAUCUUAAUUACAUUUUUGUGUUAGAAAUGGUCUACAAUGUAUAUUGGGCAUCUGAUGAGCAUAAAUACUGCGCUGCUUAGAAACAUACAUGCAUGGAAAAGAGACCGGGGAAGACUGGUGUCCCAGCAAGAAAUCUUAAUGAUAACAUAUAAACAAGAGCUUUGUAUAUUUUGAUAGGAGGGACAGGGAGGUUGUGAGAAUCCAACAGAUAAGGAAGGGGGGAAACUCUGCAAUUGUCUGGCUUUAAUGUGCUAAGUGUCAUUGAUAAUUCUAGGAUAAUAAUAGCUUGGUUUAACCUGCCAAGCAUUUUAUGGGAAUUAUAUACAGCAGGACGAAGGAAAUGGGUAAAGUUUUGAAUUUGGUUUAUGUAGUAAGGAACAGUGCCGGAUUUACGUAUAAGCUAGACAAGCUAUAGCUUAGGGCAGGCUUCCUCAACCCUAGCCCUCCAGAUGUUUAUGGCCUACAACUCACAUGAUCCCUAGCUAGCAGGACCAGUGGUCAGGGAUGAUGGGAACUGUAGUCUCAAACUUCUGGAGGGCCGAGGUUGAGGAAGACUGGCUUAGGGUCCCACUCUCUUGUAAGCCUCAAAAAAAAAUAAAAAAAAAUAACAGGAUGUAGAUUUCAAAAAUAUAAGAUAAAAAACAAAAUAAAACGUACAUACAGCAACAGUAUUUUGUGCUGUGUAGGCUCCUAUGAUGUAAUGCCAAUG